AGAGGAAAAGUUUUGUUCCUCUAUCCUCAAGCUCCUCAACAAUCCUCACAAUCGCAUUCAACUCCUCUGAUUAUUCAACUCAGUUCCACUUCUGCUCAACCUAACAUUCAUCAACUCUGCUCUGAAUUACCUAAAUCACAAAUUUCUUAGCCUAAUCUAGGUUUUGUUGUAAGGAUCUACUUCCAUAUAGCUAGCUCCUGCCUCCGUUCACUCACGAUCUUGCUCAGGUCCAGACCAAUUCGCCUCCAUUCCAGAUUCACAUUCGGUUCAACCAAAUCUUUUCUCAAAUGGUUAGCAGCGAAGCCGUGGAUGAGAUGAUGGCGGAAAGUGCCGAUUCUUUCAAUGGAACUUCCAGACCUCCCAGGCUCUUCAUUAAGGAAAUGGUUUUGUGCAACUUCAAGUCCUAUGCUGGGGAACAACGCGUUGGACCCUUCCAUAAGAGUUUUUCUGCGGUGGUUGGACCGAAUGGCAGUGGAAAAAGUAAUGUAAUCGAUGCUAUGUUAUUUGUGUUUGGAAAGCGAGCUAAACAGAUGCGACUCAACAAAGUCUCCGAGCUAAUUCAUAAUUCCACCAAUCACAAGAAUUUAGAAAGCGCAAGUGUUUCAGUUCACUUCCAAGAAAUAAUUGAUUUGCAGGAUGAUGGAGCAUAUGAAGCUGUUCCAGGAAGUGACUUUGUUAUAACGCGGGCUGCCUUCCGCGAUAACUCUUCUAAAUAUUACAUUAAUAAUCGUGCAAGUAACUUCACUGAAGUUACCAAAAAAUUGAAGGGUAAAGGAGUUGACUUGGACAACAAUCGCUUUUUAAUUCUUCAGGGUGAAGUUGAGCAGAUUUCACUGAUGAAGCCAAAAGCUCAAGGACCUCAUGAUGAGGGCUUUCUUGAAUAUCUCGAGGAUAUAAUUGGAACCAUCAAAUAUGUUGAAAUGAUUGAUGAGUCAAGCAAGCAGCUAGAAUCCCUCAAUGAGAAACGUUCUGGUGUGGUGCAAAUGGUUAAGUUAGCUGAGAAGGAAAGAGAUGGCUUGGAGGGGGUGAAGAACGAAGCGGAAGCUUACAUGCUCAAAGAAUUAUCACAUUUAAAGUGGCGAGAGAAAGCCUCUAAACUAGCUCAUGGGGAUACUACAAAGAGAAUAGUUGAACUGCAAGCUGAACUGUCCACCUUAGAAGCAAAUAAGAAAACUGAGAGGGAAAAGAUUCGUGAAACUAGCAAGGAGUUGAAGGAGCUUGAAGCUGUGCAUGAAAAAAAUAUGAAAAGAAAAGAGGAACUUGACAAUGACUUGCGAAGAUGCAAAGAAAAAUUUAAGGACUUUGAACGUCAGGAUGUUAAAUAUCGUGAGGAUUUGAAACACAUAAAGCAAAAGAUUAAGAAACUUGAUGAUAAGCUUGAAAAGGAUUCUAUAAAAUUUGAUGACUUAAGGAAGGAGUGUGAAGAAUCAACAAGCUUGAUUCCAAAGCUUGAGGAGAGUAUUCCAGAAUUUCAAAAACUUCUUUCAGAUGAGGAAAAGAUCUUGGACGAGAUUCAAGAGAGUUCAAAAGUUGAAACUGAGAGGUACCGCUCAGAGCUUGCAACAGUUCGUUCUGAAUUGGAACCUUGGGAAAAGCAACUGACUGAGCACAAAGGGAAACUUGAAGUCGCAUGUACUGAGAGCAAACUGUUGAGUGAGAAGCAUGAAGUUGGUCGUGCAACUUUUGAUGAUGCUCGCAAGCAGAUGGUUAACAUACUGAAAAACAUAGAAGAAAAGUCUUCAAACAUUGAACAGAUUAAAAAUGAGCUUCAAAAGAGAAAACUGGAAACCUUGAAAGCUCGAGAAGAAGAACAAGAGUGUAUUAAGGAACAAGAAUCACUUAUUCCUCUAGAACAUGCUGCAAGGCAGAAGGUUGCAGAACUUAAGUCUGUUAUGGAUUCAGAGAAAAGUCAGGGAUCGGUCCUAAAAGCAAUUUUGAAGGCAAAGGAAACCAAUCAGAUUGAGGGUAUAUAUGGGCGAAUGGGUGAUUUAGGUGCUAUCGAUGCAAAGUAUGAUGUUGCAAUAUCAACGGCUUGUCAUGGACUUGAUUAUAUUGUAGUGGAAACAUCUGGUGCUGCACAAGCCUGUGUAGAAUUACUGCGAAGGGAAAAUCUUGGUGUUGCAACUUUCAUGAUAUUGGAAAAGCAGGUUGAUCAUUUGUCAAAGUUGAAGGCAAAGGUUACCACUCCUGAGGGGGUUCCUCGCCUCUUUGAUUUAAUUAAGGUACGAGAUGAUAGGAUGAAGCUUGCCUUCUUUGCUGCAUUGGGGAAUACAGUUGUUGCUAAGGAUCUUGAGCAGGCAACACGAAUUGCAUAUGGCGGCAAUAACGAUUUUCGACGUGUUGUAACUCUUGAUGGUGCCCUGUUGGAAAAAUCUGGAACCAUGAGUGGCGGGGGACGUAUGCCUCGUGGUGGUAAGAUGGGUACAUCAAUUCGAUCUGCCAGUGUAUCAAAAGAAGCAUUUGUAAAAGCUGAGAAAGACCUCUCAGAUAUGGUUGAUGCCCUGAACAAAAUCCGUCUAAGAAUUGCUGAUGCUGUGCAACGUCACCAAGUUUCAGAGAAAGCAGUUGAAGAGUUAGAGAUGUUAUUAGCCAAAAGGCAGCAGGAGAUUGACAGUUUAACUUCACAACAUAGCUAUCUUGAAAAGCAAUUAGGUUCCCUUGAGGCUGCAUCGAAACCAAAAGAUGAUGAGCUCAAGCGAUUGCAGGAGCUGAGGAAUUUUAUCUUGGAAGAGGAGAAAGAGAUCGAUAGACUUGUGUUAGGCUCCAAAAAGCUAUCAGAAAAGGCUUUAGAACUUCAAAGUCAGCUCGAAAAUGCUGGUGGUGAAAGAUUGAAAGCUCAAAAGUCCAAAGUGAAUAAGAUUCAAUCUGACAUUAACAAAACCAGAACAGAUAUCAAUCGCUUUAAAGUCCAAAUAGAAUCAAGCCAAGCAACAAUAAAGAAGUUGACAAAGGCUAUUGAAGAUUCAAAAAAGGAGAAGGAACGACUUGAGGAGGAGAAAAAUAAUUUGCAAGGAAAAUUCAAAGAAAUUGAAGUUAAAGCAUUUGCAGUUCAAGAAAAUUAUAAAGAGACCGAAAAGCUAAUUCAUCUGCAAGAAGAAGUUUGUGAUACAUCCAAAUCCAACUAUAAUAAAGUCAAGAAGACUAUGGAUGAACUCAGAGGAUCAGAGGUUGAUGCUGAGUACAAACUACAAGAUUUGAAGAAGUUGUACAAAGAAUUAGAGUUAAAGGAGAAGGGUUGCAGGACAAAGCUUGAUGAUUUGCAGACUGCUUUAACAAAACAUAUGGAGCAAAUUCACAAAGAUCUUGUUGACCCCGAGAAGCUUCAGGCAACUCUUGCAGAAGACAUUGAUGAGUGUUGUGACCUGAAAAGGGCUCUUGAAAUGGUAACGCUGUUGGAUGCACAACUAAAAGAAAUGAAUCCAAAUCUUGAUUCAAUCACUGAAUAUAGAAGAAAAGUAGAGGUGUAUAAUGAAAGAGUUGAGGAUCUCAAUACAGUCACUCAGCAGCGUGAUGGCAUGAAGAAGCAAUAUGAUGAACUGAGGAAAAAAAGGUUGGAUGAGUUUAUGUCCGGAUUUAAUGCUAUAUCUUUGAAGUUAAAGGAAAUGUAUCAGAUGAUCACACUUGGAGGUGAUGCAGAACUUGAGCUGGUGGACUCUUUGGAUCCAUUUUCUGAAGGUGUCGUUUUCAGUGUCAGACCGCCGAAAAAGAGCUGGAAGAAUAUUGCUAACUUGUCUGGUGGUGAAAAGACUCUAAGCUCUUUAGCUCUCGUUUUCGCACUUCACCACUACAAGCCAACUCCGCUUUAUGUGAUGGACGAAAUUGAUGCUGCUUUAGAUUUCAAAAACGUAUCAAUUGUUGGGCAUUAUGUGAAGGAUAGAACCAAGGAUGCUCAAUUCAUCAUUAUAAGCUUGAGGAACAAUAUGUUUGAGUUAGCAGACAGACUAGUGGGGAUCUAUAAAACUGAUAACUGCACAAAGAGCAUUACCAUCAACCCAAGAAGCUUUUCAGUAUGUGAGAAAGUUGCUUGACAUUUCCCUUUUGGCUUUGUUAUGUAUAUGUGUAUGUGUGUGUAUAUAUAUAUGACAAAGAAAACUAGUAAUCUUUUUCUUUUUGCAAUAUCUUUGUAAGUCACUUCAUAUGGCAUGUCUGAUGGAAGUUUGAUGUUAAAAGCCAUUAUUGAAGAACAUGGAUGGAUAUUUGUAAGUGGUGUGUAAUUGGACAGUUCAAAUGAUGAAUGGAUAAGCCAUUUUAUCCCCAUAUUUAGUUGAAAA